AGACAAAGAAACAAAGCACAAAAGUUGUAAGGAAAGCUCGACCUUUAAAGCAACACGUUCUGCUACUAAGGAGCCACCUGUACUCGCUAGGAAAUGGCUCUGCACUGCCACGUGCUUGCAUUGCAUUAAGGCAUGCAUUUUCCUUUAUGAUCAUCUGGAUGCAGAGUGGGAUGAAUGGAAAUGGAUGCUUGGUGAUAGAGCAAGAAAAGGAAAGUCAAGAAAUCAACGGAUUUUCCGGUUGAAGGUUAGAAGUAGAAAGAUACAAAGACGAAGAUUAAAACCAAGGAGGAAAAAAGGGGAAUGAUCGUAUCGUAAGAAGCUGGAAAGAAACCACUUGGGAGAGUUAAAAUGAACUUGUGGUUUCCUGGGAAUUGAAUUCAGAAUAGACGCCUUCUUCUUCUUCUUCUUCUUCUUCUUCUCACUAUUUCCUUCAUAUUUCCCAAACGUUCGGUUUUCGCAGAAACAGAGAUGGCCAUAGCUAUGUCUCACUCUUCUUCUUCUUCUUCUUCUUCUUCUUCUGCUACUAUAGCAGUGGAAAAGGCGACCAGUGAUCUUCUAAUCGCUCCCGAUUGGACUAUGAAUAUCGAUAUUUGUGAUUCUGUUAAUUCAAAUCGUUGGCUGGCAAAAGAUGUUGUGAAAGCUGUGAAAAAAAGGUUGCAACACAAGAACCCUAAAGUGCAACUGCUAGCUUUAACGCUUUUAGAAACAAUGGUGAAGAACUGUGGUGAUUUUGUCCAUUACCAAAUUGCCGAAAAGAACAUAUUGGGAGAGAUGGUCAAAAUCGUUAGAAAGAAGACCAAUAUGCAUGUAAGAGAUAAAAUUCUGAUUUUGUUGGACUCUUGGCAAGAGGCAUUUGGGGGGCGAGGAGGAAAACAUUCUCAAUACUAUUGGUCAUAUGAAGAACUAAAGCAUGCUGGAAUGGAAUUCCCCCAGCGUUCCUUAGAUGCAGCACCAAUAUUUACACCUCCUGUUGGCUUGAGGCAUGCUCAAGCUGGAUAUGGAAUGCCCACCAAUUCUUCUAGAAGGCUUGAUGAAACAAUGGCAACAGAGUUUGAAGGCAUAAGUUGUCUUAGCUUGUCAGGUUUAGAUUCCAUGCAGAAUGUUAUAGAGCUCUUGAAGGACAUGCUGCAAGCAAUAAACCCUGAUGAUCGCAAGGCUGUGAAAGAUGAAAUUAUAGUUGAUCUUGUCAAUCGAUGCCGUUCCAACCAGAAAAAGUUGAUGCAGAUGCUCACUACGACGGGCAACGAGGAACUUCUUGACCGGGGGCUUGAAUUGAAUGACAAUCUGCAAAUCGUGCUUGCAAAACAUGAUGCUAUAGCCUCUGGUUCUCUUAUGCCAACUCAAGUUAAUUACUUAGAUCCCCAGCCAAGUGAAGGUUAUUCCUCCAAUAUCAAAUCAACAGAAGCAGAAGACUCCUGUCCUAGUUCUAGCUCUAAGGCCCCUGUAUUAGUUGCUAAUGUAACAAGGAGCCCUAUUGACGAAGAAGAAGAAAAGGAGGAUGACUUUGCACAACUAGCUCGGAGGCAUUCAAAAACACGGUCAAGUCCAUCUCAACGCCAAUGUGCAACCAAGGCACUUGUGCCGGUGGAUACCGAUAAUGCUGCUGCUUCUACAACCAACUUCCCUGCAUCAAUUGGCACCACAAAAGAGCAGUGUAUAAUUGACCUUUUGAGUAUCACCUUAUCAACACCAUGUCAUCAGCCGCAAACACCUCAUACUCCAACAACUGCUAACCAGAACAUGCCUCAGGUUUCAGCCUCAAGUGCACAACACUAUCCUUAUAUUUUCCAAACUUAUCCUAGAAACAAAGGGCAAGCAACUUACAACAAUUAUGUCGUUCCAUGGGCACAGCCUCAACCCCAGCACCAGUCACAAGUUCCAUAUCAGCCUCUUAUACAUCCUCAAAUCCUACAACAAUUGCAACCUCAAUCUCAAUCACAACCAUAUGCUCAGCCUCAGCAGCGAUUUUAUCAAUCUCAACCACAUACUCAACCUAAACCUCUGCAGCAAUUUCAACCUCAAUGUCAAUCACAAUCACAUCCCCAGCCUCAACCUCAGCAACACUUCCAAUCUCAAUCUCAACCACAACCACAACCACAAACUCAGCCUCAUCAGCAAUUUCAACCUCAAUCUCAACUGAAUCCACAUGCGCAUCCUCAGCAGCAAUUUCGACCUCAAUCCCAACUGCAGUUUCAGCCACAAUUGCAGUUAAAAUAUCCUCAAUACUCAUCUGGCUAUCCUCCUCCACCCUGGGCACCUACACCUGGUUAUGCCAAUGGCCAAAGUCGUCUAUCUACUACUCAUAAUACUUUAUCAACUACAUUUUAUGCACCUGCAAAAGCAGCUAGGCCCGUCCAGCACUCUAACUCCUCUACUUCAAAAGGAAGCAAUGGGUUAGCCAUGAAUGGUGAUCCUAUAGUGAAUACUGGACCUAGAAACCCUGCACCUCCAGGACAAAAACCCUUUAUUCCCUCAUACAGAUUAUUUGAAGAUCUAAAUGUUCUUGGCAGUGCAGAUGGAAGGUUUAAGAUGAAUGACAACACAUCGCCCAGCUUAUCAGGACCUUCUAACCAAGGGAUGGUGGGCGGAAGGAAGUGACCUGCUAGUUGUGGAAAACUAAAACUGGUUGUAUCAUUGUGAAUAUGGUCAAAGUUAUUGUGUUAUUUCAGUUGAAUGCAUGAACAAGGAUAGUUUCUAGCAGUUGCUACAGUUCGUCAACCAUUCUUCUUAUUCCGUGAAAUUGAAUUGCUUCUCAUGAUUUUUGUGCGUCCAUGUUUUGGAGUGUCAAAAAUGGCUUCACUAACCUCCAAAAUGGGUGUAUUCAGCUAGAGUCGAGCAAUGCUGCUACACAUUCUUCUAGGUGUGUUGUGCCUGAGUUUGGAUAUGAUGCCUUGCUUCUCUAAGUGGAUCGCAUUAGCUAUAUAUCCAAUUAUGUAAGUGCCUUUCUAGCAUAGAGAAAUUACUAGAUUGGACUGGAUGCUCUAAUUUCACGAGUUGUGAUUUCAUUUAAGUUUCUUAUUACAUGGGAUGAUAAUCUGGGCAGCAUUUCUGCUGUUAACAAUGGUUUUCAGUUGAUCGCCUGUGGUUGUUAGCUAAUCAAUGUUAUUAUUAAUAUACAGAUCUUCGUUAGCAUGUGAAAUAACUACCAAGGGUAGUUUAUGUUUCAUGCAUAUUACAUUCCAUGUGUUUUACUACGAACUUUGUUUAGAAGAAUGAUAUUUUCUUUUUCAUUGUCAUGUAUUUUCUUUUUCAUUGUAAAUAGAAUUAUAUAAAUUUAAGUUUACACAUUA